CACCGUCUCUUGCCUCACUCCCCGGCUAUUGGGGGGACCCCAUAAGCCCUCCCGGAGCCGGGGCCCGCCGCUGCCCUCCCUGCUGCCAGAGGACCGGCCUAGCGGCCCGCCCGGCUGCCGUCGCGGGGCGUUAUCCCCCCGUAGGGAGCCCCGUUGCCGCCGCCGCCGCCGGGCGGGGAGCGCCGGGGGCCGGGGCCGGGGCGGGGGGCGCGGCGGGCCGCGCCAUGGGCUCGGCGGCCGGCGGCGCCCUCAGCGAGGCCGGCGGCCGCCCUGGGCCGCAGCUCCUCCGGGGCGGCGCUGGCUGCGCCAGAGGCCCGCGGUGGCGCCGCCGCCAUUAGGGGCCUCCCGCGCGGCUGCCGCAGGCCGGGGCUUGGCUGAAGGAGAGAAGAGGCCCCCGUACGCCACCAAAGGCUAAGUCUUGAAAACAUGAUUCCUGCAACUGUUCACACUGUCCUGAGUGCUCUAUAUUUAUGCUGCCACAGAAAGAACUGGUUACACUCGGAGGAGAAACACAAGAAAAACUAAGGACUGAAAUGCGCUUGCAGCUAAAGUAUCCUCAUCAUGAAUAGGUACACAACUAUCAGACAGCUUGGUGAUGGGACCUACGGCUCUGUCCUCCUAGGGAGAAGCAUUGAAUCUGGAGAGCUAAUAGCCAUUAAAAAAAUGAAGAGAAAGUUUUAUUCCUGGGAGGAAUGCAUGAACCUUCGAGAGGUUAAGUCUUUGAAGAAAUUAAACCAUGCCAAUGUAGUAAAGCUGAAAGAAGUUAUCAGGGAAAAUGAUCAUCUGUAUUUUGUGUUUGAAUACAUGAAGGAAAAUCUCUAUCAGUUAAUGAAAGAAAGAAACAAACUGUUUCCUGAGUCAACAGUUAGGAAUAUUAUGUAUCAAAUCCUGCAAGGGCUUGCAUUUAUCCAUAAGCAUGGGUUCUUUCACAGAGACUUGAAACCUGAAAACCUCCUUUGCAUGGGACCAGAACUUGUGAAAAUAGCAGACUUUGGCUUAGCCCGAGAAAUCCGAUCUAGACCUCCUUACACCGAUUAUGUAUCAACAAGAUGGUACAGGGCUCCUGAAGUCCUUCUGAGAUCCACCAGCUAUAGUUCUCCAAUAGAUAUUUGGGCUGUUGGUUGUAUAAUGGCAGAAGUUUACACAUUGAGGCCUCUUUUCCCAGGCGCCAGUGAAAUUGAUACUAUAUUCAAAAUUUGCCAAGUCUUGGGGACGCCAAAAAAGAAUGACUGGCCUGAAGGCUACCAACUUUCAGCCUCCAUGAAUUUUCGCUGGCCUCAGUGUGUACCUAACAACCUAAAAACCCUCAUACCCAAUGCUAGCAGUGAAGCGGUGCAGCUCAUGAGAGACAUGCUGCAGUGGGACCCCAAAAAGCGACCAACAGCUAGUCAGGCACUUCGAUAUCCGUACUUCCAGGUUGGGCAUGCCCUGGGUGUUCAGGAACUAGGAAAACAAAAGGAACUGCAUAAUAAAUCGUCUCUGCAUAUUAAACCUGUCCCUCCAGCACAACCCCCUCCAAAACCUCACGCCCGCAUUUCAUCAAGGCCUCUUCAACAAAGCCAGUCUUCUCAGCACUUGGUGUACCCAUAUAAGACAGACAACUCUGGGGCUGAGCACGGUAACUACUUACAGGAGGACAAGUCUAACCAGGUUCUUCUGCCUGCAAUUCACAAUAAGGUUCCUCAGCAGAAAACAUCUGCUGGGACUGAGAAUAUAAAUGGUGAACUUAAACCAAAAGCUAGGCGAAGAUGGGGACAUCUUGCUAGGACAGUGAAGAGUUCUGAAGACUGGGAUGACUUGGAAGACCUUGAUUUCAGCUCAUCCAUCACGAGGAUGGACUUGAAAAACAAGAAGAGGCAGAGUGAUGAAACUCUUUGUAGAUUUGAAAGCAUUUUGGACCUGAAGCCUUCGGAUGCCGUAGGCUCUGGCAGCAGUGCACCGUCCCAUGUGACCUUUCCACGGCAGGACACUCCCACAUUGCGAGUUUCUGCAGCGAAGCAACACUACUUGAGACAUUCUAGGUAUCUACCUGGAAUAAGCACAAGGAAUAGCAUAGUCUCCACUUCAAACAAAGAGUCUCUUCCGCCUAAUCCCUGGCCCAGUUCUGGUUUGCCUGGGAAAGCUUCUGCUUUGGGAGGAAGUGUUAACAGGAUGAAUUCAGGGCCCAUAGGAUCAGGCGGUCUAACUAGUGGUUAUAUCCCUUCAUUUCUGAAGAAGGAAGUAGGCUCUGCUGGGCAGAGGGUUCAGUUAGCACCGGUUGUGGAUCCGUCUUCUAAUUAUGCUUCUCUGAAGUCAGUAAGAACCCAUCUUGGACGGCCAUCAUUCAAUUCACCUACCAAAAGCACACCAAGGUUAAUGCCUGUCCCACCACCAGCUCAGCCGAUCCAUGGGCGUGUUGACUGGUCUGCGAAGUAUGGUGCUCACCAGUGACUUGUGGAAAUACUCUCUGAACCAGUGUGUGUUUCCUGUGAAAUGGUGGCUAACAUGAGACAAUUUGAUACUGUUUUAUAUACCUGUAAAUUUAAAAGAAACAGAUCUUCUAUGAAUGAGACAUUUUGAAGGUUUUUUUUUACUUUUAUUUGUAUUAAUUUGAAUGCAAUCUUGUACCUUUUUGUAUAAAAUUGUUUUGUUAUAUAAUUGGGUCCAGUUAUUUUCAUAAAUCAGAUACAUUUUGUAUAUAUGGCUUAGGGGGUUUGGCAUUUUUAUAUGAUAAAUUUUUAUAACAAACUUUUUUAAAAUUUAACUUUUCCUUUAUUAGAUUAACCUUUUUUAUAAAAGUGGAUUAAAAAAAGCAAAGUGGUGCAAUAUUGCAGUGGGAGAGAAGUACUGAGGAAGGGGCAUUCAUUAGGCAUUUUCUGAAGUUUAUGUGCUAAAUGAGGCUGUAUAAUUUCAGUGAUGCCACGUCUUGAUGCCACGCUUCUGUUGUCCUACACUCAUUUGCUUUGUACUGAUAUCAAAUGAGUGACUAACAGUCUAUCGAAGCUCUCCUUUGCAGUCACAGAGAGACUGCUGAAAGUCAGUGGGAGGCUUUUUUUUAUUUCUUUUUGCCUUUGAAAGGUUUUUGUUGGACUGCUGCCCAGCUUUCCACCUCCGUUCUUUUGUUUUUACCAAAUUUGGGGAAUCUUCAUGUUUGGUGAAAGGUGAAUACCCUUCUGUAGAUCUGUUUUCUGACAUGGCGCUGUUUCACCCUGCUUCAAAGUUGCUUCUUGGCUUUGUUCGCUACAACACAGAAUGUGGACCUACCUCUGUUAAAUACAUUUAAAUGUUCUAAUGAUUUCUAAGGAGAAAAAUCACAUUCUGUUUCUUCUUUUUUUGUUGCUGUUUGGAAUAUGAGAUUGAAGACAUGUUUAAGACAGUAUUAAGAAUUAUAAAGCUGGUUUCAGCAUAACAAAGUAUUAGUGAUACGCCAGCAGCAGAGUUUAAGGAAACAAUAUCUAUGCAGCUGACUUACUUUUCACAACUGUUUUAAAUUACUUUUGGGAACAAAAAAAAUCCAGAGGAAAUGAGUCAGUUUAAGCUCACUUCAGUUCUUCUUCACUUCAAUACAUCUUCACUGACAGUGUGAAGAAUAUGUCAGCUUUCAUAAAUUAGGCCCCCAGGCUCUGCUGGGAAAAAUGGGACCUUACCUGGUCCUGCUAAAAAACCUUCUAAAAUUGUGGUUGAUCUCACAGAAACUGAUACAGCUCUUUGAAGAGCAGUUUAACUCAGUUUAUAAUAGAAAAUGAAUUACCAGGUUAUAAAGAAAAGAAAACAGCCCCAUUGCCUGGUUUAGUUCUGCACUGGAAAGGAAUGCCAGGGUCCAGCCAUCAGCAAAAGGUUCAGCAUCUGGCUGUUCCUGCACAUCCUUCCACAGAAGGAAAAUAACAGUACAGUGCUGUGGGAGAACAUCUUUUAUAGCUGCAUUUUGGAACAGCACCACCAAAGCUGAAGCACGCUGUGAAAAUGCAUCUUCCUGCAGAAGCGUACAGAAAUGCUCACCUUUCUGAGCUCGUUCUACAAACAGAUCAGGCAAAUCAUAUAUUUAUGACUUAAAUCCAGUCUAAAGGGAUCAGAGCAGGUAUGGUUCUCAGCAUCCGCCCACGUCGAGGGAGCUGAAUGGCUAGUGUAUCCAUGAGAUCCUCUUUGUGGGAUCUGCGGGCACCCGCAAGGGGCAGCUGCUGUGGACUGGAGGCUGGGAACGCGUGCUGGCCUUUUCAGUACUUCCCACAGCAAACGUGUGGGACUCAGAGGAAGCUGCACCCUGGCGUAGGCUGCUGGCUCAGUGCUACGGGGGGAACCGCCAGGAGCACUGGUCACUGUUUGCUUUUAUGGACUCAGUCUGCAGUGAGACAGUACUAGACAAAAAGGGAGCAAAAGGGUCUAAGCAUUAAAAAGAAAAGUAUGCAUGUAAGACUUGCAUGUGCCAAGGACACACUAUGUGUUCAGCUACUCCGUUAUUUGUUCAUAGCAAGUACUAACUCCAAACUAUACCAAGCUGCUUCCAAAGCAGUGAUGCCAACACAUAGCAGUAAAAUAAAGCAGCCGUUCGAUUUCUAAAGCACACACUGACUGUGUCUUUGGGUAAGAGGAAAGGGAAAUAUGUCUAUUUGUGUUAGAACUGGAAAGAUAGUUGUUUCUCUUGGUGGAAAUAAAUAUCUGUAUUUAUGUCUAGAUAUCAUUUAAUUUAUUUUAUCACUGAAUAAUUGGUCUCAAGAGGGAACACCCUGAACCUAUUCUAAGUAUCCCUAGACCUAAGUAGGCAACUUAAGUAGUCUGUUCCAUACGCUUUAUUCCUACUAGCAGAAGCAGGAGACAAAUGAGUCACGAGAAUGGGCUGCUGAGGCUUGGAUUCAUCCUGCCUAACCGCAGGCACCUAAGCCUGGUAUAUCUCCUUCUUUCCCAAAUUAAAGCCUUUAUUUUGGGAAAAAAAAAGCUAAUAAUCUUGAUAUUCAGAAUCACUUCUGCUAGUUUUAACUGAGUGGGACAGAAAAUUAGCUAAGUGUGAUGGCAGCACUUGUAGCCUUUACUCAAGCGAAUUCCUACUGAAGUUGGAAAAAGUUCUUUCUGAGUAAGGACUGAGCUGACUGAGCUGUGUUUUACUGCGCUGCCUCGGUGUGCAGUACAGAUACGGAAAAGGUGUAGGUCUUUAUUAUCCUGAAAUCUGGACAAGCAGCGUAUCUGAGAAUUUCUCAUACGUAACCUACUACUUUGUGUUUUAGUAUUUAGCAGCAUCUUUAUGCAAAAUGUUUUUAGAAUUCUACUGUUUACAUUUUCUCAGGCUUAUACAUAAUAUAUAGUAAUGGCCGUUGGAAAUAAAGGAGCCUGGCAGCAGACUCAUUCACCUCUGUAAUCCAGAUUUUCUCAAAAGUACUGUGUAAGUGCCAUGAUGUUAGCAAAAAAAAAAAAACCCAGACCAACAACCCCAAGCCAGAAAACCCACUUCCACGGUAUUUCUGUCUCUAAUAAGGCUGUUGAUAUGAGUAGGAUGUUCCAUAAUGUCAGGAGGAAAACAUAUAUUGAAAGAACAUUGUUGAACUUACGUGGAAGGAGCAGGUGGAAUUGUCAGCGCGAGUAAAGAAAUAACGAUUCUUGUUUAUUCAGUGGUUUUGUUCAAAAAUGUUAUAAAUGUUUGUUUCAUUCCUUCUGUGUCACGUCUCCUGCCCAGAAUAAAGUUACUCUUGAAGAAGUA